CAAAAAACCUCUUCUACGUUAUCGACAGAGUGCCCACUAUCGAUUCCAGCAGUUCCUCCGGGGAAAAACUUACAAAAUCGUCUGUUAAGGGUCGAUUGGAAUUUAAAAACAUUGAUUUUUAUUAUCCUUCACGACCAGACGUUCAAAUCCUUAAAAAUUUUAAUCUUGAAAUCGAACCCGGCCAAACAGUAGCACUGGUUGGUAGCUCCGGGUCCGGGAAAUCAACUAUCAUCGGAUUAUUGGAACGGUUUUAUAACCCUGCCAAAGGAACGAUAUUACUUGACGGCGAAGAUAUUAGAAAUAUUAACAUCAAGUCACUCAGAACGCAAAUAGGACUUGUAGGACAAGAACCAAUUUUAUUUCCGGAAAGUAUUAGACAGAAUAUAGAGUGGGGAGCAGCACCUGACGCACCGGAACCAAGCUUAGAUGAGAUUAUUGAAGCGUGUAAGAAGUCUAAUGCACAUGAGUUUAUUACCGAUUUGCCUAAUAAGUAUGAUACAAAGGUUGGUGAAAAGGGAGCUUUAAUGUCCGGCGGCCAGAAACAAAGGAUUGCAAUCGCCCGAGCUUUAAUUAAAGAUCCCGCAAUACUACUACUCGACGAAGCCACCUCCGCACUAGACACGGAAUCUGAGCUUUUAGUUCAGGAAGCUUUAGAUAAAGCAUCGCUCCGUCGAACGACUAUAGUAAUAGCUCAUCGCCUCUCCACUGUAAAAAACGCCGAUAAAAUCGUAGUCAUGUCCAAAGGAGAAGUUUUGGAAGUCGGUCGUCACGAAGAACUAAUCUCCAGGCACGGAGUCUACUAUGGAUUGGUGCAAGCUCAAGAAUUAAAAACUAAACAUGAUGCCUCGAAAUCAGAACUAUUUUCCGAAGACGAAGAGGAAGACGAUUUAAGUGACGGUGAUGUGAAGAUAACAUUCGAAGAUGAGGAACGGCCUAGAAUGGCCUUACGUAAGAUGUCCACUAGGGCUUCGACCAUCAAGAGUAUCGAAGAGAUCAGAAUGGAAGAAGCUAAGGAGAAGACGAAGCAACCUGCGCCACUUGGUCGAAUCUUAAAGUUACAACGACCCGAAUACGUGAUUAUGUUAUUUGGAACUCUUGGCGCGGCUGUAAACGGUGCUAUUACACCUCUUUUCUCAUUUCUCUUUUCCUCUCUAUUGGACGUAUUCUCCAAAACCGAUAGACCCCACGAGCUCCGUCACGAUGCAGACUUCUGGGCUCUAAUGUUUGUGGUGUUGGCCAUUGUCUCGUUUAUCGCCAACUUUUUACAAGUUUUUUUCUUCACUCUCUCCGGCGAAAGACUUACAAAACGCCUUCGUACGUUAACAUUUGAAAAACUCCUCAAGAUGGAUAUCGGAUAUUUUGAUUAUGAGAAGAAUAGUACAGGUGUAUUGACCUCAAAAUUAGCGUUAGACGCUUCGAGAGUGGAAGGACUAACAGGCACACUUAUGGGCAGUAUAAUGCAGUUGGGGACUAAUAUAAUUUUAGGAGUAGCUAUCGCGUUUGCCUAUGGUUGGAAAUUAACAUUGGUCGUUCUUGCUGCGACUCCGGGUAUUUUUAUCUCUGGAUAUCUUCAGAUGAAAGUAUUGGCGGGAUUUGGUGCAAUGAACGCUAAAGCGUAUGAAGAAAGUGGUCAAAUAGUUCAACAAAGUGUCUCUAAUAUUCGCACCAUUGUUUCACUAACUCGCGAGGAUACCUUUAAAAAUCUUUAUGAUACCUCCAUACAAAAUCCACACGAGCUUGCCAUUCGUGGAAGCAUAGUCUCAUCGAUUGGAUUCGGCUUGUCGCAAGCAAUGAUGUUUUUUGUUUAUGCUUUGGCUUUCUGGUAUGGAGAACAAUUGAUUGGAAAUCUGGAGUAUGAUAUGAAUCAAUUGAUGAAGUCUCUGUUCGCCGUUGUAUUUAGUGCUAUGGCUGCCGGAAAUGUGAGCACUUUUGCGCCAAAUACCGCGAAAGCAAAAAUUGCUGCCCUCUCGAUCUUUGAGAUUCUCGAUCGUCCUUCUCUGACUGACCCGACUCAAAACGAAGGAAAAGAUCGUCCAUCACCCGUUACCGGCUCCGCAAGUAUUCACGACGCUUACUUCAAAUACCCUGCUCGUCCAAACCUGAGGAUCCUUCGCGGCCUAGAUUUAUCCAUAUCACCCAGUAAAACUGUUGCACUAGUUGGUGGAUCCGAAAGUGUGAAUGUAAAAAAAUGGAAUUUAGAAUACUUACGGAGAAACAUGGCUUUGGUUGGUCAGGAACCAGUAUUAUUUGAUAUAACUAUUGGAGAAAACAUUGCCUAUGGAAAAGAAGGAUGCACUCAAGAUGAGAUAGUGGAAUCGGCCAAGAGCGCGAAUAUACAUAAUUUCAUUUCUGGCCUACCAAGAGGGUACGACACUCCGGUUGGCGAACGAGGCACGCAAUUAAGUGGCGGUCAGAAACAGCGUAUCGCCAUAGCGAGGGCAUUAAUUCGAAAUCCGAAGAUUUUAUUGCUUGAUGAAGCCACGUCCGCUCUUGAUUCGGAGUCUGAAAAAAUUGUACAAGAUGCCCUAGAUAGAGCAUCUACUAACCGCACG